GGUGCGGGCGAGAAGAGGAGGCGGCGCGGGCGAGAAGAGGAGGCGGUGCGGGCGAGAAGAGGAGGCGGCGCGGGCGAGAAGAGGAGGCGGCGCGGGCGAGAAGAGGAGGCGGCGCGGGCGGAGAUGCCCCGCGGCGGCCGCGCUUGCGGGCUAAAGAGGAAAAGGAAUUGGGAUACAGGGUUCUCAUCCUUUCUAGAAAAGAGACAACUGCAAAGAACAGAUCUCAGGACAGUGGGAGCAGCUGCCUCCCUCUCUGAAGCUUGGCUCAAGUGUGGAGAAGGAUUUCAGGGCACUUCUGGUAGUCAGUCAUUAACAAAUGAAAAGGCAGCAACCGUAGGAAGGCACCUUGAAUUUUCUCCAAGAUCGAAAAAAGCAGACACUAUCACCAAUAAGAGUACCACUGAGCUUACAGAUAUAACAUGGAGUUCCAGUGGAAGUGAUCUGUCAGAUGAAGAUAGAAUACUUUUUAAAUCACAAAAAGAUAACGGACGUGGCUUUAGAGUAGACAGAUUUUGUAACAGGAAUAUUUUAGGUCCAGAAGAUGGGGCCAGUGAAGAUGAAUUACAGUUUAUCGACUGGGAGGGCGACAGUGACAGGGAAGAUGCUAGUGAAUAUAAUGAAUGUGAAGAUGAGGACGGUGCUGUGGAAAUCUCAGAUUGUGCUUCUUGUGCUAGUGGUCAUUCUUUGCCAAGUGAUGAGAAGAUACCUGAGCUUCCUAAGCCAAUUUCUACAGAAAUUUUGGAGUAUUCAUCACAUAGUGAGAAAGAAGACGAUCCCGAGAAUGUUGUAUUCAUUGAUUCUGAAUCCCCUCAUAAGUACCAUGUUGAUGUUGGACUGGAUACAAGGCAGAUAAUGGACACAGUGAUCAACCCAAGGGUGAAAUCAACAGAAUCCAUCUUGUAUACACCCCAGAAACAGGCAGCUAAGCCUUCUAGGACUCCAGAAGACUCAGCAAAGAAGAAGAAACUUUUAAGAGGCGGGCUAGCAGAAAGACUAAAUGGACUACAGAAUCGAGAGAGAUCUGCUGUUUCUUUGUGGAGACAUCAGUGUGUAUCAUAUCAAAAGACUCUUUCAGGUAGAAAAUCUGGUAUAUUAAUUGUGAAAAUUUUAGAGCUCCAUGAGGAAUGCACCAUGCAAGUUGCCAUGUGUGAGCAGUUAGCAGGCCCGACAUCCUCCAUGCCUUGCCAAGGUGUGACCCCUGCACCUGGAGGUAAUCUGAAAGUUCUCUUUACACGGGAAACUGCACGCUACCUCCAGGGACGUCCCCAGGACAUCAUCCACAUUUUCCCUCCCUGGCAAAAGCUUAUUAUCCCAGAUGGAAGUUGUCCUGUUAUCCUGAAUACUUAUUUUUGUCAGAAAUUUGUUGCUAAAGAAGACCCAGAAACAACUCAGACAGUAUACUGUCGGGAUAUACCCCUUCCAAGAAGAAACAUCACUUUGGCUCAAAUGUUUAGAAUUAAGGAAAUAACCAAUCAUUCACCUGAAAUCCAGGUUGUACAUGGUAGCCUGGCCACCACAAGUACAUGCUGGACACCUGGGCAUGAAGAGGCAAAGCAACACCUCACAGCUAGCACUUCCUCAAAGGAUUCUCUCCUGGAUGUGGUAGAAAGCCAGGGAGCUGCCCCAUAUUCAGAAGUGGGGGUUCAAGUGGUGGUACAGAGAGUUUACUUCCUUCCUGCCAGAGAUACCACCAGAGGCCAGCAGGACAACUUAGGGCAUGCAAACCAACCUGGAACUCGAGUCUGCCUUCUGGUGCAAGACGCUUAUGGAAUCUUUGGUGAGGUGCACUUGGAGGGUGCUGUUUUGAAGGACACAGAGUUGGAAGGGCAUGUCUGCAGUCUGGUGGGCAUGAAGGUCCUACAGAAGACCACCAGAGGAAGGACACCAGGGCUCUUCAGUUUGCUUGACACUCUGUGGUCCCCAGUGAUGCCUCUUAAAGCCCCUGGCCACAGCCAGCCCUGCAGAGAGGUGAAAACUCAUCUGUCCCCUCCUGCGUUCUGUUACGUCUUCUCAGCUCAGCACAGUCUAGCACAUACUGAUAUCAUUGAAGAAGAUCCCAUUUCUAAGCUUUAUCAGCCUCCAGUUCUCCAUUGUUUAAGAGAAAUUCUCCAGACUGACAACCUGGGUGCUCGGUGCAGUUUCUGUGCAAGGUUGAUUUAUCAAAGACCACAGUUAAAGAACCUGCUUCUUUUGGAGCAAAGGGAGAUAUGGCUGCUUGUGACUGACAUCAGCCUGCAAACAAAGAAUCAGAGUGGCCCCCACCUCCCCAAAACCCUGCCAGUCUGUGUGACUUCCUCGUGCGUGCUGUGCCCAGAAGUUCUGCAAGCACUCACCAUGGCCACACCUCACAGCAUCUUCUUCAAGGACGCUCUCAGAGACCAGGGUCGGAUUGUUUGUGCUGAGCGGACUGUCCUCUUGCUUCAAAAGCCCCUUUUGUGUGUGGGCUCUGCUGCUAACUCCUGUGAGCUGACUGGCCCAGUGAAGCUGGAUGAACUGGACUCUCUCACCCCUGUCAACUCUAUUUGUAGUGUACAAGGCACUGUGGUUGGUGUGGAUGAGACCACCGCUUUCUCCUGGCCUGUGUGUGACCACUGUGGCAACGGGCGAUUGGAACAAAGGCUGGAAGACAGAGGCGCCUUUUCCUGUGGCGACUGUUCCCGGGUGGUUACAUCUCCUGUUCUCAAGAGGCACCUGCAAGUCUUUCUGGACUGCCACACCCUGCCCCAGUGCAGGGUGAAGGUCAAGCUGUUGCAGAGCACCAUUUCUUCACUGCUGAGGUUUGCUGCCUGCGAGGAUGGGAGUUACGAAGUGAAGAGUGUCCUCGGGAAGGAGGUGGGGUUGUUAAGUUGUUUUGUCCAGUCCAUAACCACCCACCCAACCAGCUGCAUUGGAUUGGAGGAAAUCGAGCUUCUGAGCGCAGGAGCAGCUCCUGAGGAACGCCUGCCGUGGCCGGUGGAUCUGUGAACUUUGCAAGGGUGGGGGCUGUUCAGGUAGUUAUUUGUUAACUAUGGACAGAGCAAAUAGAUUUUAUGAUCUCAAAAUAAAAGUUUAAGCUUUCCUGAGGGCAAAUUUAAGAUAGUUUUGUAAAUUCUAAAUUAAAAUGUUUCCUAUUUUUCAUUACCUUUCUAUAAAAUUCAUAAAAUUGAAGAACAUGUUUCUAAAGGUCAGCUCAGCCUGGAGUCUUAUUUUGUAUUUAUCUUAGGCAGUAAUCAUCUGUCUGAAAGAAUUAUGUUGCAGUUGUAAAGUAUUUAAUUAUUUACCAUGAUUCAUCUUUUCCUUGUAUUUGUUUUAACCCCUCCCCAAGAAUACUCUGGAAAACUUAAAAUUUUAGGUCCCAUUUUGUGGAAUGGUACAAUAAAUAAAUGUCUGAGUUAAA